UUUCUCUUUCUCUCUCUCUCUUACUGUUACUGGGUUUUCUUUCUUUAUUAUUUUUUUCAACGUAGCUCGGCGAUUCUGGACUUAAUUAAUUGUUUAAUCGUAAAACCCUAAUUCUGAGCUCGAUAAAUUUCAAUGCUGGCAAUUUAUAUUGGCUUCGCCGUUAAUUAAUUAAUUGACGGUGUUCUUGGCUGGGAAAGAUGUGGAUGGUGUAGCAAGAUGAACCCAAGCGGUUUUAAUCUUGGGAACACCUGCAGACAAAUGCCAAGACAUUCGCCAUCAUUUGCACCAAUCCUGCCUCAGGAUGGGGGUUUUCAUUUGAGCCAGCAGUAUGUAAGGAAUCAAGUAGGUAUCUCGACAGAUUGGAAGGAGCAUCCCAGAAUUCACCACUGCCGUAAUUUUAUUGCAAGUAGAAUCAAGACAUUGUUCUGCUCGGAAGGAUUUCAUGAUGAGUAUGCAUUACAGAUGGCAGAUAUUAUGGAAUACUGGUUAUUUCAAUAUGCUACUUCAGAGGAGGAGUAUAUGAACCAGGAGACAUUAGGACAGCGAAUGCAAACUGAGAUUCAGAGGUUGAAAGAUUGCAAUAGCACUAUCAAUCCCACUUCACUGCAUGCCAUGUCUAAUGUUUGUCUAGCCGAACCUACUUUCCAAAAUUUAGCUAGUCCUAAUAUUGUUCAUGAGCCAGUAUGCAUUGAUAAUAGAGACUGUUUGGGGACUAUCCAGAAAAGUGAACCUACGAUUUUUCUAACAACCAUGGGAAAGUCCCCUCUUACUGAAUCUUUAAAUUUGUUCUCCAAUCCGCAUGUCUCAAGAGAAACACCAGAAGUCCCCAAUCCUUUCCCUGGCAUGAGGUCUAGCUGUGAGCAUUUAAGCCUAAGGGAGUAUCACCACCAGAAGUUGGAUUUUCAUCAGAAUUCGGAACAUUUUAUGCAGCCGUAUGAGCUUUGUAGUAAUGCUUCUAUCGCUCAGACAAGUUCAUGUUUUGUUGAUCAAGACCAGCAUUGCUAUCCGAUGUUAGGAAAUAAAACAGAGCCUCAGAUUCCUACAACACUUCUUACUGGGGUUGAUCAGUUCGCUUCAACAAGCGCGGCUGGUCAUUUCUGUUUGGAUGGAUCCACUGUAAAUUCAGACAGUAAUUUGAAAGCUUCAGUUGAACAGAGGAUCAUGCUUGAAUAUUUUCAGUACAAGAACUUAAACAAUGUCUCAGGAGAUAGGCCAAUUCCGUUUACUAAUUAUCUACAUUUAAGGGUUUGUAGCAAUGGGAUGUGUAUCUGUGACCAGUCUAUCAAGCUGUCUUUUCAUUUGAAAUACUGUCAGAGUGAUCAAUGUCAAAUAUGUUCCCAAUGGAGAUUACUAUGUGUCAGUGGAAUUCCUGAGUCUCACUCGGAACAUACAAAUUGCAUGAUUUUGGAUUCUGUUGAAACAGAUAUCGAUGCUCCAUCUGGUAUCUCUGAGGUCGUGCCACCACCUACCAAGAGACUAAAAGCGGAUCCUGCCAAUAUAGUUUCUGAUCCAUUGACUCAAAAGAUGGGUGAACCUUUUUUUAAGCCUGUAGGAUUUCCACAGUUGCAGCAACAACCAGAGUCUCCCCCCUCUUCUAUCCAUUCUGAAGUUACAUCAUGCAGUAUGGAACAGUAUACAAAUCCGAAUCUUGAUUCUGUAAUUAACGAGAUAAAGAUCAGUACAAUUGAUGGCACCUCUGGACAUACUUUCAAGAGUAACAAUAUUUCCUCCGAAGGCUUAGAAGGUGAUCACAUCUCAAAGGAGUCAAAAGCAAAAGAUCGUGAUGUUACAGCAUGCAGUAAUUUAAAGGAAAAUGUCAUUAAUGAGACAAAGAACAUUUCAACUGAUGACAUAAUCGGGCACAGUUUCAAUAGGGAAAAUAUUCCCUCUGAAGGGUUAGAAGCUGAUCACAUACCAGACGGGUUUAAACCAAAUGAUGCUGCUGUUACAACCAGAAGUAACAUAAAUGAAAAUCUUGUUACUGAGAUAAAGAACAGUGUGGCUGAUGAUAGAGAUGGGCACACUUUAAAGAAACCAAUAGAUCAUGAUGUGGCAGCCAGAAAUAACCUAAAAGAAAGUGUUGUUGAAGAUAUAGAGGAGGUACAAGCCGGAAUUGAGUUCAACCAGGGUGCAAAAAAUUCUAAGAAAGUCAUUGAGCUGAAAGCCCAUCAACAAAAGGAAAUAAGGUCUUCAAAUAGUGUCUCCUUAACUGAGUUUUUCAGUAGCGAUCAGAUAAAGCAGCACAUUAUGAGUCUCAGAAUGCAAUUUGGUCAUGGUUCAACUGAGGAAGAAAGCAGAAUUGCUGCUAAUACAUGCCAAUUAUGUGAAAUGCAAAAGCUUUUCUUUUCAUCAGUGCCAAUUUAUUGCUUAUGUUGUGGCCUUCGCAUCAAGCGAAAUAAAUACUAUUACUACAGAAAAACAGACGAAGUUGUUUCGCAACAUUGCUUCUGCACUGCAUGCCAUAAUAUUUCUCGAGGUGGAUCCAUCACUUACAAUGGGAUAUCUGUUUCCAAGGAACUUCUUGAUAAGAAGAGAAAUGAUGAAGUACUGGAAGAAUCAUGGGUCCAAUGUGAUAAAUGCAAAGGAUGGCAGCAUCAAGUGUGUGCACUUUAUAACAAUAAGAGUGAUUUGGACUCCAGUGCUGAGUAUAUAUGUCCCAGAUGCCGCAUAAAGGAUAUUGAAAAUGGAACCCAUGUACCCUUACCGGAGUCUGCAUUUUUUGGCGCUAAGGAUUUGCCAAGCACUAUGCUUAGUGACCACAUAGAGAAAAGACUUCUCAAGCGUCUCAUGCAAGAGAGAGAACACUGGGCAAAAGAAAAAGGGAUUACAGCUCUUGAUGAGGUUCUUGCAGUAGAAGAUCUUUCUGUUCGAGUCGUAUUAUCUGUUGACAAACAAUUGAGAGUGAAUAAGCAGUUUCUGGACAUUUUCCCAGAGGAGAAUUAUCCUGUCGAGUUCCCCUAUAGACUGCAAGUUAUUCUUUUAUUUCAGAAGAUUGAAGGAGUAGAUGUAUGCCUCUUUGGAAUGUAUGUCCAGGAGUUUGGCUCGGAUUGUGGCUAUCCUAAUCAGCGUUCAGUAUAUAUUUCAUAUCUGGAUUCUGUUAAGUAUUUUAGGCCUGAAAGAGAGACUGUGACUGGAGAAGCUCUUCGUACCUUUGUUUACCAUGAAAUAUUGAUUGGAUAUCUUGACUAUUGCAAGAAACGAGGCUUCACAACUUGCUAUAUAUGGGCCUGUCCUCCUUUGAAGGGGGAAGAUUAUGUAUUGUAUUGCCAUCCUGAUACUCAAAAGACUCCAAAGAAUGAUAAACUGCGGCGCUGGUAUCAUUCAAUGCUAAGAAAGGCUGCUGAAGAAAAUAUCGUCGUUGGUGUAACUAACGUAUACGAACAUUUCUUUGUACCUUCUGGAAAAUUUGACUCCAAGGUGACUGCUGCUCGGUUGCCAUACUUCGAUGGAGACUUCUGGUCUGGUAAUGCUAUGGAUCUUGCUAGGAAAAUUGAGCAAGAGAGUGGAGGAGAUUAUGAGAAGACCUUGAAGGAACAAGUAACAAAAAGAACUUUGAAGACCAUGGGAUAUGUAAAUCCUUCAAAGGGGAGUGCCAAGGACAUUCUAGUGAUGAUAAAGUUGGGCCAAACUAUGUUAUCUUUCAAGGAAGACUUCAUACUAGUUCACUUGCAGUAUGAAUGCAUGCACUGUCACGAAGUGAUGGUAUCUGGAAGGCGAUGGUUUUGCACUGAAUGCAAGAAUUUCCAAGAGUGUGAAAGAUGCCACACCGCUGACUCGCACACUUCAGUUAGUGGGGAGAAGCAUACAUUAUGUCAGGUUCUCAUGGAUGAUGCCACUUUGGAUACCAAGGAGAACGACACCAUCCUUGAUAAUGAGUUAUUUGAGAAUAGGCCUAACUUUCUGAUCUUCUGCCAGAAGAAUCAGCUUCAGUUUGACACACUCCGCCGUGCCAAGUAUUCCUCCAUGAUGAUCCUCUACCAUCUAAGGGCUCCUACCCUUCCAUCUGUUGCCGAAACAUGUAGCAUUUGCUCUAAACACAAUGUAUUCCAACACAGCUGGAAAUGUGAUAUUUGCCCAGAAUUCACUGCCUGCGCAGCAUGCUAUAAAGAGAGAGGUGCUAAUUGCCAUCCGCAUAAGUUGAGUCGAACCUCUUCAACAACACUUUCUCGGUCAGGGAAUCUAGAAUUGAUGGAGAACUCAGUAAUGAUUCAGAAACUGAUGAAAAUUUUACAGCAUGCUUCUCGAUGUCGCUCGAGUAAAACUCAACCCUGCUCUUACCCAAACUGUCUUCAAAUCAAAAUGUUGUUCUAUCAUGCCAGUAAGUGCACUGUUCGAGUUGCUGGGGGCUGCCAAAUCUGUAAGAAGGCAUGGCUGGCGUUAACUAUGCACUCGAGGAAUUGUAGAGAUUCGCCAUGUCACGUCCCGCGUUGCAUGGAUCUGAAGAGGCAUGCAGAAUGGAUAGCUAUGCAAUUUGAAUCUCGGCGGAGAGCUGCAGUUGUGGAAAGCAUCAGAGGUCAAUGAUGAUAUAAGCUUUUUGUGCCUUCUAUUAAAUUUAACAGGAAUGUCAUCAACAGCAAGAAAGUGUACAGUCUUUCAGAUUUCUAGUUAAUUUGUAAAGUUAAUACAUAGUCUUUCAGAUUUCUAGUUAAUUUGUAAAGUUAAUACAUAGGCUUUGAGGAAGUGAAGAAAAUUUUGUCCAAGAGCUUCUAUAGAAAAAAGAAUGGAAUAAGAGGUUAAGAUAAGCUAGAGCUGGUUACAUCAUAAUUCUUCUGUAAAUAUUUGUGGUUAUGAGGGUUUUAAUUCAUUACCUCAUGAAAACCACCCGAGUCCCCUUAUUACUAGCUCACUCUUAGGGAUUUUACAACCUUAUUUCUAUGAUGUAAAUAAAUCCUAUUCUUUCCUUAUAUUAAUACAAUUGUUGAAGGUUUAAUUUAGGCUUUUU